GACUGGGGAACGCGCGGCCGCCAGACAAUGCCUGCCUAUCGGGAGGGCGAGCGGCCGGCGGCAGCCGCGGGCGCUCCGCGAGCCCCGCGGGCUCUGGGGAGGACCCUCCCCCCCGGACGCUGAGCGCGGGGCCUGGAGCCGGCAGCGGAGCUCCGAGCGGCUGGGUGCACGGGCGACCGCACGCCGGCCGGCGAGCCCGGGCUCUCGCCCAGCGGUUAUUGUGGCCGGCUCGAGGCUCGUGGCGGCCGCCGCGGCGACGCGAACCCCUAUUAGCGCGGCGUAGCGAGGAUCUUUUCACCAUAUUGUUAGGUAGAACUGCAUUUUAAUGAUUGCGUCCCUGCUGUUGCCCGAAGUGACGGGGCGACCUCCCGGCACAAUGAAACGCUUGUGUGAAAGAGACUUUUAAAAGGAGGAGAGAAAUUGAGGCAUAAAACGCUGAAUUGAGGAAACUGAAAAGGAGAGAAUAGGAUUCCGUUGAAAAGGAGAUGAGGGGUUCUGAAGGCUUUUUAUUUUUUAACGUAUUUAAAUUUGCAGUUAGAGGUCAGAAAGGCUACGUGUGUGGGGUAAAAGAUGCCCAGAGAUAGAUGCUGUGAUAAAUGAUGGAGGAUUCAGGCAUCCAGCGGGGCAUCUGGGAUGGAGAUGCCAAGGCUGUCCAGCAAUGUCUAACAGAUAUUUUUACCAGCGUUUACACCACCUGCGACAUCCCUGAGAAUGCUAUAUUCGGUCCCUGCAUCCUGAGCCAUACUUCCCUGUAUGACAGCAUAGCUUUCAUUGCGCUCAAGUCCACAGACAAGAGAACAGUCCCCUAUAUCUUCCGGGUAGACACCUCAGCAGCAAAUGGUUCUUCGGAAGGUCUCAUGUGGCUGCGUCUCGUCCAAUCAGCCAGAGAUAAAGAGGAACAGAACCUUGAAGCCUAUAUAAAAAACGGACAGCUGUUUUACCGCUCUCUCCGCAGGAUUGCCAAAGACGAGGAGUUACUAGUUUGGUACGGGAAAGAACUGACUGAGUUACUCUUGCUCUGCCCCUCUAGAUCCCACAGCAAAAUGAAUGGGUCGUCCCCUUACACAUGCCUGGAAUGCAGCCAACGUUUCCAGUUUGAGUUCCCCUAUGUGGCGCAUCUGCGCUUCCGCUGCCCCAAGAGACUUCACAGCGCUGAUGCCAGCCCCCAAGAAGAGCAAGGCGGCGGCGUGGGCACCAAGGAUCACGGGGGCGGGGGCGGUGGCAAAGACCAGCAGCCGCAGCAACAGGAAGCGCCCUUGGGCCCGGGCCCCAAGUUCGGCAAAGCCGGACCUAUCCACCACUACCCGGCCCCCUCGCCCGAGGGCAGUAACCAGCCCGCGGCAGGCGGCGGCGGCGGCGCCAAGCCCUCCACGGACUUUCACAACCUGGCCCGGGAGCUCGAAAACUCGGGGGGAGGCAACAGCUGCUCCCCCGUCCGGGGCCUCGGCGGCGGCGGCGGCGGCGGCCACCAGGAGGCGGAGCUGAGUCCCGACGGCAACGCCACAGGCGGCGGCAAGGGGAAGAGGAAAUUCCCGGAGGAGGCGGCGGAGGGGGGCGGCGGAGUGGGGCUGGCGGGGGGCCGGGGCCGCUUCGCCGAGCGGCCCCUGCCCGCCUCCAAGGAGGACUUGGUGUGCACCCCGCAGCAGUACCGCGCCUCGGGCAGCUACUUCAGCCUGGAAGAGAACGGCCGCCUCUUCGCGCCGCCCAGCCCCGAGACGGGCGAGGCCAAGCGCAGCGCCUUCGUGGAGGUGAAGAAGGCGGCCCGAGCGGCGGGUCUGCAGGAGGACGCGGCCGCCGACGGCGGGGGCGCGGCCGCCGAAGACCAGGACGCGGGCGGCGGCGGCGGCGGCUCCUCCACGCCCGUGGCCGCUUCGCCGGCAGGCGCCGACAAGCUGCUGGCCCCGCGGCCUGGGGGCCCGCUGCCCGGCCGGCUGGAGGGCGGCAGCCCGGCGCGGGGCAGCGCCUUCACCUCGGUGCCGCAGCUGGGCGGCCUGGGCGGCGCGGGCGGCAACGGGGCGGGCGGCGGCGCGGGCGCCGGGGCCUCCGGCGGAGCGGGCGGCGGCCAGGGCGCCGCGUCGGACGAGCGCAAGAGCGCCUUCUCGCAGCCGGCGCGCUCCUUCUCCCAGCUGUCCCCGCUGGUGCUGGGCCAGAAGCUGAGCGCGCUCGAGCCGUGCCACCCCGGCGACGGCGUGGGCCCCACCAGACUCUACCCCGCCGCCUCCGACCCUCUGGCCGUGAAGCUCCAGGGGGCCGCGGACCUGAACGGAGGUUGCGGGGCCCUGCCGAGCGGUGGCGGCGGCGGCCUGCCCAAACAGAACCCCUUCCUCUACGCCACCGCCUUCUGGCCCAAGAGCUCCGCUGCCGCCGCGGCGGCGGCCGCGGCGGCCGCGGGGCCCCUGCAGUUACAGCUGCCCUCGGCGCUCACGCUGCUGCCGCCUUCCUUCACCUCGCUGUGUCUGCCCGCGCAGAACUGGUGUGCCAAGUGCAAUGCCUCCUUCCGCAUGACCUCCGACCUGGUGUACCACAUGCGGUCGCAUCACAAAAAGGAGUACGCGAUGGAGCCCUUGGUGAAGCGGCGGCGGGAGGAGAAACUCAAGUGCCCCAUUUGCAAUGAGUCCUUCAGGGAGCGCCACCACCUCUCCAGGCACAUGACCUCGCAUAAUUGACACGGAAAGGACCCUGGCUUUCCACGCGCGCACAGUCACAGUCAAGCCACCUACAGGAAAAACACGCGAGGACAUCCACCACCUCCUUGUGACCUGAAACAUUGCACCCAAAGACAGAAACACACACACACACAUACACGUGCCACCCCAACCUUCUCAUUGACCUGUUUACCCGAGACCUGCAUUAUACACGCAGACACACACACGCACGCACGCACACACACGCACGCAUACAAGACAGGAUGGUGGAUUUUUGAUUGGGUGGGUUGUUCGAGGGGUUUUCUUUUGAAUGCACGCAUUUUCACUUUCCAAAAACAAAGGUACAUUUUUAAAAAUGUCAUAUAUUGCAACAUAUUGAUGCAUUUGUCAUACGUUUCUACUUAAAUUAUUAAGCACUUACGGUUUAGAUGUAAUAAUUAUAUGUAAGGGCAAAAUUUAUUUUAGAUAUAAAGUAAAGGAGGAGGGUGAGAUGCUUUCUGCAUUUCUUGAUGACAGUUUGUGUUCUUACAAAAAAAUAAAAUAAAUAAAAAGGGGUCACCAUUCAAUUUAAGUUUCCAGGGGGAAGUGCAUGUAUCAUGAAAUGAUUAUGGACUUCAAUGAAGAAUGUCAUCAUUAUGUAAAUAUGUAUUUCCUUUUAAUACAAAGUGUAAUUUUGUGCCAGUGAAA